AUGGUGAAAAGUUCCUCUAAGGAAACGGUCGAAAAUUUGUUUUUGGAAGAAGGUCAACUUCAAAUUUACAAAAUGGGGGGUUUGAAGACCCUCAUCCUGUUACAGCUGGUUUACUUUUGUGGAUGUAUGGACCAGCUGCACAUAGUUUACGAAUGGAAGCAAAUAGACUACGAAUUCCCGACACCAGAGGCUCGUCAGCAAGCCUUAGACAGCAAGACUUUCAUACCACAAAAUAACAUUCCCAUGGGCUUGGAGAUUUAUGAAGACAGACUGUUCAUAACUGUCCCGAGAUGGAGGGUUGGGGUUCCUGCUAGUUUAAACUAUAUUAACCUGAAAGAUAACUCAACGACAUCACCAAAGCUAAUACCGUACCCAAGCUGGGCAGCGCAUUCUAUCGGCACCGACGGCAAACCCUCAGAAAUCAUCUCUCCCUUCCGUGUCAGGGCUGAUCGCUGCGGUCGUCUCUGGGUCAUCGAUAACGGUAAAAUCGGGAACUUGGACAACAAUGCCACGAAAUAUCCCCCUUCGAUAAUCAUCUACGACUUGAAGACCGAUAAUUUACUCCGAAAAUAUGUCUUUCCUGCGGAUCACAUUAAAGAAGAUUCAGGUUUCGCCAAUAUUGCAGUGGAAGACAUGGAUUGCGAGGCUACUUAUGCCUAUGUAGGCGAUUUAGGUAAACCAGGCCUCGUGGUAUACUCCUGGGAAAAGAAUGAGUCCUGGAGAAUCUCUCACCAUUACUUCCAUCCAGAUCCCUUGGCUUGCGAUUUCAGCGUAAAAGGUUUCAACUUUAGCUGGACUGAUGCUUUGUUUGGUUUAGGACUAUCAGCACCUAAUGCUAAUAACUACAGUACUCUUUACUUUCAUCCAAUGGCUAGCUACGAUGAGUUCUCAGUAUCCACGGAAUACUUGAGAAACCAGUCACUCGCAGAAGGUAACUUUAAUGCUUUCAAACUUUUGGGCAGUCGUGGGCCAAACGCCCAAUCCAGCGUGUCUUUUGUAGACCAAAAAACUGGAGUAUUAUUCUAUUCAUUAGUGAACUUAAACGCUGUUGCUUGUUGGAAGACGUCAAACAAGGAGUACUUAAUGAAGAACCAAGGCAGAAUCUACAUGAAUGAAGACACUAUGGUAUAUCCAACUGACAUAAAAGUUGAUUACAACGAUAAUCUCUGGAUCCUGUCGAACCGAAUGCCUAUUUGGAUGUACGGCAAAUUGGACCUUAACGAUGUUAAUUUUAGGGUGUUUUCAGCACCUGUAGUCGAUGCUAUAAGCCAUACAGCUUGUGAUAUUACGCCUAGAUCUGAUAUUUUGGAUAAGUUCGUGAAUAAGAUUAAGAACGCUACGAACACAAUUGUUUCGAAAAUAAAGCCCAAUUCAGGUUUUGUAGCAUUCCCCUUGUCUAUUAUAACUUUAACUUUAUUGAGUUGGGCCACUUCGAUUGUAAUUUAA